AUGAAUGUUAAACUUAUUGCAGGAGUUUUGAAGUUCAGUUAUGCGAAAGAGUUUAAGAUACCAAGAAUGAGUCAUAGAGUACAACUUCUUUUGGGAGCAUACCAUAUGACAUUUCCUUUGAAAAGUGUUGACAAAACGAUUGAGAUGAAAUCUGUUCCAUACGUAUGUUAUGGCAAUUGUUUGUACAUUGAGUCAAAAAUAGCUAAUGUCACAGGUAUUUCAGGAGUUAAUAGUAAAGGUUCAGUAGAAUAUAAAUCCUUCUGUUAUGCAGUCAAUUCAAUGUUCAUUCCAAACGUUCCUGUCAUAGCAACUCAUUUAGGUAAAUGGGUUCGCAUUAGUCCUCAUAAUUUGAAAGACAUGCAAUUCAGACUUGUUGACUUUCAAGGAGAGCCUGUAGAACUGAAGGCACCAGUGCGAAUGACUGUUGAAGUUGACUUUUUAGAAAAUAUUAAAUGCAACAGCUUACAAGAGAACUCAGAGCUAAAAAUAUAA